UGUUUGCGGACUUGGAGUUUAGAACUUCCACUUGUCACACUUUCCAAAGGAAGAAACGUCAAAAAUUCCCACUGGAUCCACGUUCCAUAAGAUCUAUUACGGUAAUUAACAAGACAAAUCCUGCUGUGGAAAUCGUGGAAAAGAUAAAGGUGUGAAUACGCGGAGGAGAACGAUGAUCAGCCCGGACGUUCCCCUCAUCGGUUGAUGUGCGCCAUGCAGGAUAGAAUUAUCGCGCGCUACGUGCACGAGCUGUUAUCUGAGGCGGUGCUCGAAUUUCGCGACUUCCGCCUCGAUAAAACGCUAUCGAAUCGUAACGGCGCGCGAUGACAAUGACCGUUUUGCAUUUCUUGGUUAGCUGGAGUACGCACGCGAGCAGAUAAUCCUUGGUUCACCACAGUCCUCGGAUACGUGUGAUCUGCGGCACAGUAUCCCGAUUCAUUUCGAUAUUCGAUAUACGGGAUUAUGAAUUCGACCGAGAAUCGCGGUCACAAGGACAACACGAUUAACGGAAUUUGACGAGAUCUAUAUCAUCAGCGAGUCUCAGAACUUUCCCAGGUCCAGGAAAAAAGAAACGAAAUGGGGGACCAUCGGCAACAAUUGGACUACUUGAUCAAGUGGUUGGCUACCUUCGACCUUCAAGCGCCACACAAUUCUGUGGAGGAGAUAAGCGACGGUGUUGCCUUGGCCGAAGCCUUAGCCAAAAUCGCACCAGAAUGGUUUACAGCAGUAUGGAAGGCAAAGAUCAAGACCGACGUAGGCACCAACUGGCGCCUUAGAGUGAGCAAUAUGAAGAAGAUUGUAGAGGCCGUGAUGGAGUACUAUGUGGAGUGUCUGAACCAGCAACUAUCCAACUACGUUAAGCCGGACGCGACCAAGAUAGGCGAGCACUGUGACAGUGACGAGCUGCGCCGCUUGCUGCAGCUGAUCCUUGGCUGCGCCGUCAAUUGUAACCAGAAGCAGCUACUCAUCACCAGGAUAAUGGGUAUGGAAGAAACGGUACAGCAGGUGUUAAUGCAAAGUAUCCAGGAGGUGAACUUCGAGUCUCUAGUGCAAGAUGUGCCAGACAGUGCUCAACAGAGACUCUAUGCUGAUUUCCAGGCGGCAGUGGACAUGAGAGACCAACUGGCACAGAAAUGCCACGAGCUCGAUCAACAGCUCUCUCUGUUGCAAGAAGAGAAGAUCGCAUUAAUCACGGAGAAUAAGAAACUCCAGGAGCGGCUGGACGAGUUUGAGAACCCGGAAGAAUCCUUUAAGUAUUCCGAGCGGAAGCAAGUGGAAGCAUUGAAGGAUGAACUGUUCAAGAUGGAAACGUCCAGGGAUGAUUAUAGAUUGAAAGCAGAGCUGUUGGAAAAGGAAAAUUUGGAACUGCAGUCGAGAAAUGAGAAUUUACAAAAGGCGGCUGACGAAAGAAAUCACCUGAAGGACGAGGUGGAUGCCUUGACAGAAUACAAAGAUAAGGUAGAAAGGUCUGAAAUCAUGAUAGAGUCAUACAAGAAGAAGAUAGAGGACGCGAGUGACCUUAAGAGACAGUUAAAAAUAUUGGAAGAUAAUAGUAAAGAGAAUAUACAAUUCAAAUUUAAGUACGAGGAAGAAGUUAAGCUCACAGCAAAGCUACGUAAUCAUCUGGAGUUAUGCAAGCAACAGCGCACAGAAGCCCAUCACAAGCUGGAUGAAAAGAGCAACAAGUGCGAUCGGCUGGAGUUUGAUUGCAAGAAAAUGGAAGCAAAGCUGGGCGCUGUAGAGAGGGAGAGAGAUCGACUGAUUGUCGAAAGGGAUACCUUAAAAGAAAUGAACGAGGAGUUGAAGUGCAUGCAAUUGCAAGCCACCGAGAACAUGGCAAAACCCAGCACUGACAGCACCAGUGUUUCCGGCUCAGAAAUGAUGCCAUUUGAGGUGAAAGAAAAACUGUUCUGCUUGCAGAUGGAAAACAAAAUGAUGAAGAUAAAGUUGAACGGCAAUGAGGACAAGCUGCCAAACAUACAAGCAUUACUUGAGGAUUCCGAGGAACGUUUUAACACGAAGCAAGAACAACUUCGCAAGGCAAAUCAGAGGAUAAUGGAGUUAGAAACUCAAUUGGAGGAAACGGUGGGUACUCAAGUUAGCAGUGACAGCAAGAGUGACAACGUAAGUCCGAAUCAGAAGCUGUCGCAACUGCAGGACGAACUGCGGAAAGUGCAAGCUGACAAAGAACGACUGACGCUGCAGCUCGAGGAACGUGAAAGUGCUUUGCAGACUCAGAAGCAGGAAGCUUUCGCUCUUCAGGAGAAACUCACGCGGAAGAAGUAUGAGAACGCCGCGCUGGAGGAACGCCACAAAAAGUAUAUUGAGAAGGCCAAGAGUGUCAUAAAAAGCCUCGACCCGAAGCAGAAUAAUUCUUCGCCGAACGAAGUCAUCAUGUUGCGCAACCAGCUGAUGGAGCAGCGUAAAAUGAUCGAGGACAUGGAACGUUCCAUGAAAGAAUCCAGGUUGCUGCGAGAGAUGGAAGAGAAGUUGAUGGUGACCGCCUUUCAUAGAUUGGGCGGGAAUUGCCACAGAGAGGUGAUGGAUCAACGCCUUGCGGCGCUCAGUGCGGGACAGGGUCAAUCUUUUCUAGCUAGACAAAGACAACCCGUGUCGAGACGUUAUCCGCCUUAUAAUUCGAAAUAAGGAAACGAACAAAAAUAAGUUGACUUCACGUUUAAGUAUUAUUAUCAUAUAAAGUAGUAAAUGGUCGUUUGAGGUGAUAUUCUCAACAGUGCGAUAAAUAUGAUACCACAUUUGAAUUCAUGAACUUGAUCACAGAUUUAUUCAACUGCCCAUUUAUUCAGCGUCAUAUUAACUCGUACCAUAAUAUUAAAAUGUCACAUUUAUCUCCCUGUUACGAUUGUCUCAAUUGAUUGUAUUUCUUUCGAUGUAGAUACAAUUGAAUGAUUCCGAAUAAAAGUAAAAUAUCUCCACUUUUUAAAUAAGUAAAAAGAUUGAGAGAUGUUUUAUAAAGUC